AUGCCCAAGCUCUUCUUCAAAAAAGAAUGGGAAAGGCACACCCAAUCCAAGACAGCACCGAAGAAAGAUUUGCCACCACAAUUUUCAGAGAUAGAGCUUCCAAUAGUUCCUUACAAUGAUAUACUGAAAGGAACAGAUGGAUUUUCUGAAGCAAAUGUGAUUGGAAAGGGAAGAUAUGGUACAGUAUACAAGGGCACACUAGAAAAUCAAACAAUUGUCGUUGCUGUUAAGGUGUUUAAUGUCCAGCAAUCAGGGUCCUACAAAAGCUUCCAGGCUGAAUGUGAGGCACUAAGAAGAGUGAGGCACCGAUGCCUUCUAAAGAUCAUUACAUGUUGUUCUAGCAUCAACCACCAGGGUCAAGACUUUAGAGCACUAGUUUUUGAGUUCAUGGCUAAUGGCAGCUUAGAUAGAUGGAUCCACUCCAAUUUAGAAGGCCAACAUGGAGAAGGAGUGCUCAGCCUAUCACAGAGGUUGGAUAUCACUGUGGACAUUGUGGAUGCUUUGGACUAUCUUCACAACGGUUGCCAGCCAUCGAUCAUCCAUUGUGAUCUCAAGCCAAGUAACAUUCUUCUCAAUGAGGAUAUGAGAGCUCGUGUUGGAGAUUUUGGCAUUGCUAGAGUUCUAGGUGAAGCAACAAGCAAACAUCCUAUGAAUUCCAGUAGCACCAUAGGAAUAAGAGGUUCCAUUGGAUAUAUUGCUCCAGGUAACUCAAGUUAUUUUUGUUUCAUGCUUCAAAUAAUAGCAUCUAUCCCUAGCUAAUUAAUAUGUGUUGCUGCAUGGGUUAGUAAUUGUUACAAAAAUGACUCAGAAAUUCAUGGAUAAUUGGGUUAGAGCUCAACCAAAUUGCUCUUUCCCAUUUGCUCAUAUGUCUGUCUUUAGUUUGAAUCUUAGC